UGUAAUGCAGUUACUUUUGCUCAAAAACAUGAGGUGCGGCAGGUUUAUGUUCGAAGUACUUCUCGAGUUUAUGAAAUAUAUUAUGCUUCUGAGUUACAGAGUAGUGAUGAGUAUCUAUGUACUGUUCGCUGUGGCAUUGCUGUUAGAGGUGAAGAAGUGCUGCAUGCAAUUGAUGUUGAAGAAACUGUUUCGGCACAUCAGAAGGGCUCUACUAAAGAACUAGCUGAAGAAAGACACAAAAAUGGCAGUAACCUGAUCACCAGUGAAGAUGAUUGGGUUGAAGUGAAAGCUCUCAAUACUCAGCUUGUCAAUGGGAACAGUUCUCCAUUGUCAAAUUCUGAUACAAGUGAAAGGAGAAUCUCACAGCCACAGGAUUUUUAUGAGGCUACAGCAGAUGUUGCAGAUGCAAAUCCAUGCACAUCCAUUACGUUGAGGCUACUUUCACUUCAGAAUAAAGGUUGCAUUUGUAUUGAUGAAGUCUACGUGUUUGCUGAUCCUGUUGAUGCAGCUGAUUUGGAUAGCAAAGUGAGUCCAAUGGAAAGCUCUUCUGGAAAUUCACUUAUGGCUAUGGUUAUGCCUACCUUUUUACAGUUAUCUGAAAUGAACGGUUUUGGCCUAGCAUUAGACAAAUGUGACCGUGAGAGAAUAAAUGAACAAAAGUCAGAGAAAAAUGAGGCAAAACCACCUGAUCCGAUAGAUGCUGGAAAAGAUAUACAGCAGGAAAGGAAAUCUGGUUCAGUUUAUAAGCAGGGAGUGCAGUUGCAAGAACAAGUUAUACCUACUGCCAAACCGGUUGAGCUGGAGAUUCCUCCACAAGUAUCAGAUAAAGAGAGCAAGCCUGAUAUAUCGCACAAUCAUUUUGAAGGUGUUCUGCACCAGCUUGUUUCUCGAGUUACCAGAAUGGAAGAUCUCUUUUUGAGGUUUGAGGAUUGUAUGCUAAAGCCCAUAAGAAGCAUUGAUGAGAGGCUCCAAAGAGUAGAGCAGCAACUUGAAGUGCUCACUAAGAAAACCCAGAAUUCGGGGUUGCUUUCUUGCAACAGAAUAUCUGCUCCUGAAUUUUCUUGCAGUGAAUCAGAGACCAGUUCCCUAUAUAACAGUGGUGCAGAUCUUAGUUAUCUUGGGUUGCUUUCUUGCAACAGAAUAUCUGCUCCUGAAUUUUCUUGCAGUGAAUCAGAGACCAGUUCCCUAUAUAACAGUGGUGCAGAUCUUAGUUAUGCAGCUUGUGAUGCCAAUAAGAAGGAUUCAUUACCAGCCGUUUCAUCUGCUCAGUCUGAUGUUCCCCCUGUUUUACUGAAUGCUUCUAGGUCGCAUCCUAGUCUUGUAGUUACUGCUCCAGAGUUUUCAAAUUGUGAUGAUGAUGAAGAAGAUGAUGCAGUGAAAUCAGAUGACGAAGAAAAAGAUGAUGCAGCAGAACCAGUGACGGAAUCUCCCAAGGAGAAGCAAAAACUUGGUUUAUCAAUUGAUGAUGCUUUAGCAUCUGCACUUGCUGGAUUGUUAACUUCAGCUUCAAAAUUUUCGAAAGCUAUUGCUAUUAAAGCUCCUGAGUUUUCAAAUGAAGAAGGAAAUAACAGUGAUAAAGCAACUUCACCAAAAGUCCAUUCUGAAAUACUCAAAGGACCUCUCACUGGCUUUGGUGAAACUGAUGGGACAGAGCUCCCAAGGAGUUCAUGGUCAUCUUCACCCAACAUUUCUUCUUCAGAGAGCAACAAGAGUGUGCUGAGAUCUGGUAACAAUAACAACUGUGUGAGAACAAUUGAAGGAGUAAAUGGACACUUGCAGCACAGUGAGGGGGGUGAAGGUGAUUCCCCAGGCAAUUGCAUUGACCUUACAGUACCUGCCAGACAUGAUGUGGAAAGAACUGAUCCUUUCAAGAUAAUCAAUGAUAUGGAAAAUGGACAAAUUGACAGUGGAACAAGCAGUAUUUCAGAACCGGAGAAAACUGAUGGUCUGGAACAGUUUUCUGAAAAUCAAGCUGGUGAUGUCUCUGAUACGACCAAGGAAGGUGCUAUUAAGAACGAAUUAAUAGCUUCUAGAGAAGUUGCAGAUGAAGGAUCUAACCUAGACAUUGUACAGAAUGUUGUUGAACUUUCGCACUCUACCUCCAAAGUGGAUUUUGAAACUCCAAUCCUGGAAGUUACAUUCAAUUCUCAGGGAAACAUGAAUACAAAGUCUCCUCUUGAAGCCCUUUUGGCUGGCACAUCAGAUUUGCACAUUGAUGCUAAUCCAGUGGAGGAAAACAGCAAUAAUGAUUCUGAAGUUAGUGAUAAGUACAGCUUGAUUCCAGUGGAGGAUUGGGGAGAGAUGAGUUCUGCGACUGAUAACCAUAUCUCUCUCGAUAUGGAUUAUUGCAGUCUAACAAUCUCACCUUUGAAUGCAGAUGAUGCAUUAGAUUUUAUUUGACUAAUGAAAUACUGAAUCAUGUAGAUAUUAAUCUGUACAUAAUCUGUUUAGAUGAGUAGUUUAUGUGGGUCAUGGCACUGUGGGUCUUUUUGUUGCCUUCUUUACAUACUUUCUUUUGUUAAUCUCUUGCUGAAUGGUUAUGGAAGGUUGUGUUCGACAAUGUUAUAGUUAAAAAGAAAAUGAAGAAAAGGUAUCACUUGGAAUCAGAAUUAUUGUCUUAUUAAGGAUUCAUCAGAAGGAAAAAA